AUGAAAAGGCAAAAAAAAUCGAAGCGGGAUAAGUCAGCCUCGCAUACGUUUACACAGGGACCAGGCUCGGCCCCGAAGCAGUCAAAAGCCCCUCCCGUUGAGGAAAUUGAAAACGAAGUGCCGAUAGGCGCAAUAUUAAAUCCGUUAGGACAACUACUAGAGCUGCAGUUCUUCCACACAACCGUCCCUGGCCUUCUCUUGCGUAUAUUAGCCCUUUGCAUACCUUACCAACAUCACUUGACCAGGAUCACCAUUCGGUGGGGCAUCAUAGACUGCUACACGAUCCACGAGAUCAAUAGAAUUUUGCCCCAGUCACAAAUAUCAGAACUUUACCUGGAUGAUUCCCCUUUACCCCACCGCUGUUAUGCUCUGCUCCUCAUAUAUCAAACUCGACUGAAAUGUUUAAGUCUAGACCGCUGUCGCUUAGACGACGACGACUGUAUUGAAAUCGCAUCAAAAUUAGUUCACCCGUAUCCAGCAUCGAAAAAUAUCACCACACUAUCAAUGGCUUCAAACAUGAUAUCUAACACUGGAGCCGGGUCCUUAGCUACAAUGCUGCGUAGCAACCGUCAGCUGCGUCACCUAAAUUUAACUGGAAACAGAAUAUCAAAUAACGGCGCUGUAGCUAUCCUAACAAGCUUAAUGCACUUUCCACUGACGACCGAUGAAAUUGUCUCCAAACGCCUGCGCACAAUACAAUAUAUAAAGUUAAGGCAAGAAAUUUAUUCGAAGUGCUUUAACGAGGUACUAAUAUCAUCAGCUGGGGUGGAAAAUAGGUCUGAUGACCGCAGGGCUUCUAGGAAGAAGCCCACGGCACGGCUUAAGUCUGUGCCGGCCACGUCGUUGAUAAAAGCACUUUCGGAGGAAGACGCGAUCGCCAAAGCAAAAAUGAUGACCACGGAAUUGAUCGGUACAAAUAAUGAGCCAUUCAACCGUGAUUAUACUUUCGUAAGAGAUGGACUGUUAUAUUCGAACGGCAAUUUGACUUUAUGCUAUCUGAAUUUGUCGUACAACAAUUUGGGACAUCCGAGCACGGUAAAGCUGGUAGAAGUGAUGCAGUAUCAAGAAGAGAGAAGAAGGUCAGAACUCGGUUUAGUGCGUGUGGUCCUAGACGGCAAUCCUCUGCCAGAAAGCAGUUAUGAGCUUCAGCAGAUGCAGAGAUUGUUUGAUAGGACUGAUAUGACAAACGUUAUCAAGACGGUGCGGAAAAGUGAAAAAAUAUCACAACGUAUUGUGAGACGAUAA